AUGGACGGCGGCGAGCUCACUCUUGACGCCUUGCCCAAUGAGAUCCUGGUCAACGUCCUUUCCGCAUUCCCCACGCCCGCCCUCCUCCCGCUGUGCAUCGUAUCCCGCCGCUUCCACCACAUCAUCCUCCGAAUUCUACACUUCCGGCUGCUCCUUGCUGCCGCCGCUCCCGAGUACAAACUCAUCCUUGAGGCUUAUCACCCAGCCAAGCGGUACGCGGAUCCUCACUUGUUCUGCACAUAUCUCGGGACCGAUGGCCUCUCAUCUAAGCACGAGGGCGAGGGCUCUCUAUACGAAGACUGCGUGACAGAGAGCGGCCGGUUCGCCAAACUAGGGUCUCUGUACAGCCGCUUCCGACCCGAGCGGCCGGGCGUGGAAGGUUCUAUGCCUGUAAGAAGAGUGGCUGGUUUGACAGCGAACAGCGCAGGCGCAGGAAACCCCAGCCAGCCGAUCUACGCCAACAGUGGGGACGGUGGCAAGGAUAAGGUUGUUCACACCAUAACCUUGGAUGGAGACGAGCUUUUUGGGCAGUUUUGCGCCUACAGCAGUCUGGUCCGGUUAGGACCCCGGCGGGGAGUGUUCUUAAGCACAAUUCCUAUCGUGGAGAGUAAGCAGGGGUGGAUGAGAGUUUGGAGGUAUUGGCUUGUCGAGAGAGCGAGAGAGCUGGCAAAGCAGGGCGAUGGUGAGGACGUGCUGGAUAGAAGGCCGAGUAAGAUCUGUCCGGAUGUUGGAAGUGAUCGGACGAUAUUAUGGACUGACGAUAGGCGGAAUGUCGGUCUGAGAUUCUCGGUCAAGUGCCUGGAGCAGAGACUGUACGAAGGAGAGGAUGACCUCGACGAUAUUCCCUUGGGCUUUCAGAUUGAGAUCACAGAACUCGUCGUGAGAACGACACAUCUCAUGCUCGCAGUAGAGGCAUCCAUGCAAGGGAAGGGGGCGCCGUCAGGUAGGGCUCUGAUUUUCGGUUCAUUCGCGGUUGUUGGCCAGACCCCAGCUUGA